GAAAGUGGCAUGUGCUGCAUUGAAAUUGAUCGGAACUAUUUAACCUAGUAUUUUCCUUACAGUUGACAAUUUUUGCUUAUAAAUUGUUUUCAGUAAAUAAAUUAAUAUUUUUUCUCAAUUGAUUGGAAUGGAUAUUGUUCUGUAGCUACAUGCUUUUGGAUUGUACAUUCAAUUAAUCUUCAAACGCAACGCCAUUACCGUGGUUCGUGGAUCAACGCUUCGCAGAUUGUGAGAUGGGGCAAUUAAACCGUGAAAUAUAGCUGCAGAAUAGGACGACGGUCUGUAAGAGACUGAGAAAGCCUGCUUCGUGGAAGACUUGCAUCUUUGAAGGGUGCUCCAGUUAAGGGAGCAAGCUCUGCACCAUGCAGGCUUGGAAUCAAUGGGGUGCACCGGCGGCGGCGGCUGCAGCAGCGGCUGCAGCAGGUUACCAGGGUUACACUGCACCACCGCCUCCAUCAACUGCGCCAGCUGCGCCACCCACUGUUGCACCAAAUACAGCCUACUCCCUGGGGUAUCACCAAUACUACAGUACAGCACCACCACUUCCUGGUGCAACAUCUCAUAAAUGAAAAAUCCUUUGUAAGAAAACAUCAUCAGCUGGUCACUCCCCUCUCCCCCAACCCCUACAAAAGAAAGAGAAGAAAAAAUGACUUCUCAGGAUGGUCUGCUUUACAGCAGCAACAGUGGCAGCAAUGGCAACAAUGGCAACAACAGUUUCAACAGUGGCAGCAACAGUAUGGGGACAAAGAGAGUAUGAAUGCCAUGAUGGCUGCCACUGGUGCAACAGCAACCACUGCAGGAGCUGUGCCAGCACCCCCACCAGUGGGACCUGAUUUAGGCCAGCCUCCACCUCUGCCUCCACCGGAUCCCAAAAGUACUGUGCCGCCCCCACCACCGGAAGAAAAAAGCACCACAGAUUACUAUUCAGCACAUUCUUCAUAUAGUACGAUGCCUGGGAAGCCUCACGAUUCUACUGAACAGUCUGCAUAUUCCUCUUUCAUGUCCGGUAUGCCGUUCACUGUGCCACCUCCUUCAGUACCUCCCCCUCCUAGCCAUCCUCCCCCACCACCAGGGCCAACAAGCCAGCUACCACCACCUGCGCCUCCACCGACUCAGCAGGCACCUCCUCCUCCCACAAGUAUUCCACCUCCACCAACUGGCGUGCCUCCACCGCCCUCCAGUAAGCCCCCUGAUGACUACAGCAACAAGGGAUAUGCAUCAACAACUGGUCCUGGCUCUGGCAAAAGGCCUUAUGACCAAGAAUCAGGAUUCCAGGGAGGAAGUGAUUCCUUUGGUAAUGAGCCAACCAAGAAGGCCCGAGGUGGUGAUUAUUCUACUGGAGAUCGCACACGAAACAGUAAUUUUCAGUCUGGACAUCGUGAGGAAAAAUCACGUGGAUCAAGUAACCAGCGCAGCAGUGGUCGGAAUGACUCGUCCAGUUGGCCCGGCAGUCAAGAGAAAGGAGACCAGGGUCCUGCUGCUGCUGCUGCUACUGCUGCUGCUGCUGCUGCUACUGCUUCAAAGGUAAAG